AUGGCCUCCCAAAGACAAGCAACAUCAGCCUCCCAAGUCCCCCACCUCUCCCCCGCCGAACUCUCCUACCUCUACACCUCCCUCAGCCUCCCUAAAUCACCAAUCCGACCGGACGGCCGCUCACCCACACAAUUCAGACCUCUAAGCGCAGAAACAAACAUCCUGCCCGGCACAAACGGCAGUGCGCGCAUCGGUUUCGCAGAUGGCACACAGGCAAUUGUCGGUGUCAAAGCCGAAGUUGAGAAGACAGUCGUUGCCGCUGAUACCCUCGACUCACGCAGUCUGGGCCAGCAGGGUGACCAGCUGAAUCGCGAGGGUGGGGAGGGCUCUGCUGCUGUUUCUGGGCAGGGAGAGUGGGUGCAAAUGUCUAUUGAGAUUCCUGGGUUCCGGGAUGAUGAUGCUUUGCCUGUUUUCUUGUCUGAAAUGAUGAGGGAGAGUCUUGUGGGUUCCGUUGAGGAUGGAAAGGAUGCUGAGAUGGCUGGUGGGUUGAAGGGGAGGCUUGUUAUUAACAAGCGUUGGCAUUGGAGGUUGUAUAUUGAUGUCCUCCUCCUCUCGCAACCCCUCGCCUACCCCCUCCCCCUCCUCUCCCUAACAACCCAUCUCGCCCUCCUAAGCACUAAACUCCCAAAAUUGAAAUCAACCGGCGAAGAAGACCCCUUCUUCGACGACGAUUGGGCCGUCGCUGAAUACCUCUACCCACGCAUCACCACCAAACCAACAAAACACACACCAACAGCGCAAUCCCACCCAGUCCGCCCACCAGUAACCUUACUAGUCAUCUCCGUUGGCGAGAACAUCAUCUUCGACCCGAACCGCGAAGAAAUCGCCGUCGCAGACGCUGUCCUGGCCAUCUCCGUCACCCGCACCGGAGACUCAGAUGCCCUCAAGCUCCUCUCAAUCCGCACUAUCGACCCACCCUCGCGCUUGACGAACCCUGGUAUUCCCAAUUCCGAGAAUGUAAAUAUGCUCGGUGCGACGGCGUCUGAUGAAUCUGCCUUGCUUAACCCUGCUACUGGGGAGGAUGAGGUUUCCCGUGUUUGGAGGCCGCGGAGAGGUGGUGUCAAGAGGAGUGUUAUUGCCCGGAUGGUUAAGGCUGUUCUUGGGAAGGGGGGUGUUGGAGAGGAAGUGCUUGAGGGGCUUGAGGGUGUUGAGGUUAUUUGA